GCUGAGAAGAGACGGCCCUGCCCCCUUGUGGGGUUGGGCCUGCAGGCGCUGCAGGAGGCGCCCGCGCGGGGUCCUCUCUCGCAGCGGGCUCGGAGCGGGAGGCCUGAUCCGGGAGCUUGGGCAGCCCCGCGAUUUAAGGAUCCUGGACGCGGCACUAUGGAGGAGCUCGAUGGCGAUCCGGCAGUCACUGUGCAAGCUCCAGCGGUCUCUUUCUCUGGAAAGCCUUCCUUGAAUCUCCCUGACUAGGUCAAAUGUCUGUCCAUUAUGGGCUCUCAGAGUUCUGCAUUUCUUAACUCUUGGUAACCUGUAAGUCCCACUAAACUUUGAUUCCAGGAGUGAAUUCCAAGAAGAAACAAAUGUGUUUUGACUGGGGUCCAGGGGAGAUGCUGGUAUGUGAAACCUCCUUCAACAAAAAAGAAAAAUCAAAGAUAGUGCCAAACUGCCCCUUUAUCUUUAUCAUCCGGAAAGAUGAAGAUGUUUACUCUCAAAUCUUGAGAAAACUCUUCAAUGAAUCCCAUGGAAUCUUUGUGGGCCUCCAGAGAAUAGAGGAAGAAUUGACUGGAAAAUCUAGAAAAGCUCAAUUGGUUCGAGUGAGUAAAAACUACCGGUCAGUCAUAAGAGCGUGUAUGGAAGAAAUGCACCACGUUGCAAUUGCUGCUAAAGAUCCAGCCAAUGGCCGCCAGUUCAGCAGCCAGGUCUCUAUAUUAUCAGCUAUGGAACUCAUUUGGAACCUGUGCGAAAUUCUUUUUAUUGAAGUAGCCCCAGCUGGCGCUCUCCUCCUUCACCUCCUUGACUGGGUCCGACUCCAUGUGUGUGAGGUGGACAGUUUGUCAGCAGAUGUUCUGGGCAGUGAGAAUCCCAGCAAACACGAGAGCUUCUGGAACUUGGUGACCAUCUUGGUGCUGCAGGGCCGGCUGGAUGAGGCCCGACAAAUGCUGUCCAAGGAAGCCGACACCAGCCCCACCUCUGCAGGCAUGUGCCGAACCUUGGGGGACCUGAUGAGGACAAUGCCCAUUCUUAGUCCUGGAAAUACCCAGACGCUGACAGAGCUGGAGCUGAAGUGGCAGCACUGGCACGAGGAAUGUGAGCGGCACCUCCAGGAUGGCACCUUCACUUCCAGCCCUCACCUGGAGACUCUCUGCAAGAUCAUGCUGGGAGAUGAAGCUGCCUUGUUAGAGCAGAAGGAGCUUCUGAAUAACUGGUAUCAUUUCCUAGUGACUCGGCUCCUAUACUCGCAUCCCACGGUAAAACCCAUGGAUUUGCACCUCUAUGCCCAGUCCAGCCUGGACCUGUUUCUGGGAGGUGAGAGCAGCCCAGAACCCCUUGACAACAUCCUGAUGGCAGCCUUUGAGUUUGACAUCCACCAAGUGAUAAAAGAGUGCAGCAUCGCCCUGAGCAACUGGUGGUUUGUGGCCCACUUGACAGACCUGCUGGAUCACUGCAAACUUCUCCAAUCGCACAACCUCUAUUUUGGUUCCAACAUGAGAGAAUUCCUCCUGCUGGAAUAUGCCUCGGGGCUGUUUGCUCAUCACAGCCUGUGGCAGUUGGGGGUGGAUUACUUUGACUACUGCCCUGAGCUGGGCCGAGUUUCCUUGGAGCUGCACAUUGAGCGGAUCCCUCUCAACACCGAGCAGAAAGCCCUCAAGGUGCUGCGGAUUUGUGAGCAGCGGCAGAUGACUGAACAAGUUCGCAGCAUUUGUAAGAUCUUAGCCAUGAAAGCUGUCCGCAAUAAUCGCCUGGGCUCUGCCCUCUCUUGGAGCAUCCGUGCCAAAGAUGCCGCCUUUGCCACACUUGUGUCGGACAGGUUCCUCAUGGAUUACUGUGACCGAGGCUGCUUUUCUGAUUUGGAUCUCAUUGACAACCUGGGGCCAGCCAUGAUGCUCAGUGAUCGGCUGACAUUCCUGGGAAAGUAUCGCGAGUUUCACCGAUUAUAUGGGGAGAAACGUUUUGUCGAUGCUGCUUCUCUUCUCUUGUCAUUGAUGACUUCUCAGAUUGCCCCACGGUCUUUCUGGAUGACACUGCUAACAGAUGCCCUGCCCCUUUUGGAACAGAAACAGGUGAUUUUUUCAGCAGAACAGACGUACGAGCUGAUGCGAUGUCUGGAGGACUUGACUGCAGGAAGGCCAGUGCGUGGAGAGCCUGAUGCCCAGCGACUCCAGGAUGAUGACAUAGAGACGACCAAGGUGGAAAUGCUGAGACUUGCUCUUGCACGGAACCUUGCUCGGGCAAUUAUACGAGAAGGCUCAUUGGAAGGUUCCUGAGGCCAGCUGAGAGCUGCUGCAGUGUGGUAUCGUUGUAUGGCAAUGUAUAUAGAUUUUUAAAAUAAAUGUUCUCUUUCUCAAAUACAAGGCAAAUUCUUAGAGUCCAGCUAGGGAGCUUU